AUGCCGGUAUUUCAUACAAUAGCAUCAAAAGAUAUAUGGUUGGGUGAUCAUGUAUACAUUUGGUCUUCUGUUUUUCAUCAACAUCACGGCAUUGUAAUAUUUGUCGACAGAAACGAUCCUGAUGAGUCACAAGUUCUGGAAUUCAGCACAUAUGAUGGCAGUCGUAAACCAAAUCGUGCUCGUAUUCAAGUUGUUAGUUUAAAACGAUUUCGAAAAGAUUGCAGCUUGAAACGUGUUGUUUAUGGCUCUCGAUAUGCUCGAUUUAAAAGAGCUGGUACCGCUUAUGAAUCACAAUGUCUCGCUCCGGAAAUUGCUGUUGACAAUGCUCACCUCGUUCUCGAACAAAUCAACUAUGGUGAUGGUUUCAUAGAGCCCAAUAAUCUGACAAAGCCAUGGACUGCAGAAGAAGCUCAUGGAUACAACUUAUUCAUAAGGAAUUGUGAAUGUCUUGCUUAUUGGUGUAAAACGGGCCGGUGGAUUAGUGCACAAGUAAUACAGUUAGUUGAAAAUGUUAGCAAAUAUCUUCUUGCAAUUAUCAAAGCGAUUAUCGACUCAUUAGUACGUGAAAAACUCAUUCCAAGUAUUGGCCAAGAAGCUUUAAGUGAAAUGAUUGAAUCGAUAUUACCAGCAUGUUCAUCGAAAUUCUGUGAGAUUCUGAAUGAUAGUGUAGGAAAUGCUAUUGCAUUCAUUGCUAUCGAAGCAAUCAAACCUUGGCCAGUGUCGUGA